AUGAUCAAGUUUCGGUACAAGCGCAAGGAGCCCAACGAUGGCGCCUCGAAGAGUGGUGUCGCGAUACAGAAGCAGAAGAUCGAAGGGCUCCGAGACAGGGAGCUGUUGCCUCCGAAGGAUAUGAUGCUGGUGGGCUCGCUCGCCGGAGUCCGGCACAACACGCUGCCCAGGUCUCGCCCGCCCUCCGCCGCACGCCGCGACCCACCUGACCAGCUACUGCACCCUACAACCGUAUCGCUGUUCAGAGAACUGUUCGCCCAGCUGCAAUGGUCCGCGGAGAGGGCGCCGGCCGCGGACAGCCUGAGGCGCGCGCUGGGCGGCGGCGGCGCCCGCUUCCAGCUCGGCUGCAUGGCCGACGCGAGCGAGUGCUUCGAGCACCUGCUGCUGAGGGUGCACGCGCACGUGGCAGCCGGCGGCGGCGACAAGAGGGACGACGACGCGUGCAGGGCGCCGCACUGCGUGCCGCACCGAAAGUUCGCCAUGAUGCUCGUCGAGCAGUCCGUCUGCGGCGCUUGCCAGGCGACUUCCGAGCCCCUGCCCUUCACCCAGAUGGUUCAUUAUGUAUCGGCGACGGCGUUGACAACUCAAGCUGCUUUUGGCGAUCACGGUGACAGUUUCGGCACAUUGCUAAGGAAAGCUGGAGGCAUGGGCGAUAUUCGAGACUGUCCUAACGCGUGCGGUGCGAAGAUACAAAUCUGCCGGACGCUCAUGAACCGGCCCGAAGUGGUGUCCAUCGGCAUGGUGUGGGACUCGGAGCGGCCGUCCGCCGAGCAUGUGGCGGCCGUGUACGCGGCGCUCGGCACCGAGCUGAGGCCCACGGACGCUUUCCACGCGUGCGUCGACUGCGCGUGGGCGGCCAGGGCCACGCACCGGCUCGUCGGCCUCGUCACGUACUACGGCAAGCACUACUCCACAUUCUUCUUCCACAGCAAACUGCGCGUGUGGAUAUACUUCGACGACGCCGACGUGAAGGAAAUCGGGCCCGAGUGGUCGCAGGUGGUGGACAAGUGCCGCAGGGGCCGGUUCCAGCCGCUGCUGCUGCUGUACGCCGCGGCGGACGGCACGCCGUGCGACACCCGCCACGCGCCCAAGGAGGUGGUGCCGUUCCCGGCGCCGGAGCCGAGGCGGGCGGUCACCCCGGCGCCCGAGCGGCCGAGCGCCGGCUUCGCGCGCAGGGCCGUCACACCCGGCCCCGACAGCGAGAGCGACUACGUGAGCCGUAAGGCGGUCGAGAACAUGCUCGACGUGCAAGCCAGUCGGCGGGCACAGCUCGCGCGCAGCCUUAGCACCGGCUCGGCGUCGGACUCACAAGAGAGGCCGAGGUCGCGUAGGGACUCCGGUAAUUGGAGCGGGGACCGGAACAGCGCUUCGUCUGCGUCGUCCUCGACGGCGGACAGCCCCUACAUGUAUCCCAGGGGCCGGGGAGCCGGGAGCGUUCCUAGCAGCCCGACGCGUAAGGGAGAAAUGUCCAGCGGUGGCUCUUGUGACACCGGCUACGACUCGUACUCAUUGUCUUCAACGGACAGUCUCCCCCAACAGCAAAACCACAGGCCGCCUAAUUUGCAGCUAGCGCAGAUACCCGAGCUCACGACACGCGGGGAUUGCGAUGCUCUAUGCUCGGAAGCCGACACAUUGCUCGAUAAGUCUCGCCACGCAGAGGAUGCGGCAGACUACGAGGCCGCUCUUAUACUUUGUGACAACGCCGCGGCGAAGGCGCGAGCAGCGAUGGACGCGCCGUAUAACAAUCAACAUACGAUGACAGUUGCCAGAAUGAAACACAACACGUGCGUUAUGCGGGCGAGAAGUUUACAAAGGAAGAUGGCGGGAAUGACGAGACCGCCUGAAGUGACUCUAGCCGUUCCCGUACGAAACACUAAAGGUGGCCUUGAAAAUUCGCCCACAAUCGAAAUUUAUGCCACCCUCCCUAAGAAAAAGACUUCGUCGAAAAAGUCAAAGAACAUCGAUGAGGAUAUAGAUAAUAAUACGCGCGAACGUCCACCGAGGCAUAAAUCUCGAGAUGAGGAUAAAAGUCGUGAGAAACGAUCCAGAAGCGAAGAUCGCGGCCGGGCGAGGAAAGAACCUGCCGUCACUACAGAGAAAAAGGAGGAACCCAUUGAAGACAAGAAGGCUAAUAAAAAACAGCACAAAAUAAGGAGAAAAUUGUUAAUGGGCGGCUUAAUACGAAGGAAGAAUAGGUCCAUGCCCGAUUUGACUGAAGGUGCUGAUGGUAAAAGUGAACCGAAUAACAAAGACAAACGGACUACUUCCAUCGAUGACGCUGAUGUGGGGAGGAGGAAGGACGAGGACAAAUCCAAUUUAAGCGGAUAUCUUUCCGAGGGCCAUUUGGAAUACUCAGCCGCAAGCGGUACCAAUCCGAAUCUCGAAAGAAGUAAGCUAAUGCGGAAGAGCUUCCACGGUAGCGCUGGUAAGAUACUCACGGCGGCUAAAGUGCCACCACCGCCGCCCUUGCGAACAACUUCUCAGCUUAGCGGGCCUAAGUUCGAAGCAGAAGUGAUUGAGCACAGUAUGCAAACUCGUCCACCGCAACCCUUACCGGUCAUCCACCGUGGUGACUAUUCCUGCGUUCAGAAUAACGAGGACGGUGGCUUUGUUGAGCAAUACGGCAGUGAACCCCAAUCUUUACCGUACUUACCUACAUACGACGGUAAUGCAGUCAACCAUUACAAUAGACUGGAAGACUCGCCAUCACAAAACUUUCUUACGGUAGUCACAAAAGCCAUGGUACAUCAAGAACAGAGUCCUGUCAAAAGAGACACAACGCAAAAUAUACAGCCGUCACAUAACAACAUUCAGAAUUUGAGCAACGCUUUUGAUAAUGGCGUGGAUGUCGUGGACUUUGCCUUACCGAUGAGAAGAUCACCGCCAAUGUUCGAUUUGCCACCGUAUCCCAGCCCGAUGAAUUCAGUGAAUCAUUCUAGACAGCCCAGCGAGGAGUUCCCGCCGCCACCACCACCAAUCGAUUUAACACCACUGCAGGACGAACUGAAUAAAAUCCAACAUAAUUCCAAUGCAAUUCAGGAGUACAAUGAAGACGAUAAAGGGGGGGUUACUAAAGGCUCCCUCCUGGCACAAUUACAGGAGAAAAGAAAUCAGAUUUUGAGGAAUGAAGAAUGUGCCAACAAACACAACCAAUUGGAUACAGCACACAUUCAAACCGAUACUUGGCUUAGGGAACUGCAAGCUAAGCAAGCAAGCUUGAAACUUAGGAGAUCAGGUUCCCUCGAGGGUCAGCUGUCGAGCCCUAACGAAAACGUUCCUCAUAAAGCAUUUGAAACUAAUAAUAGUGUUAGAAACAUUGCAUCGAGAUUCGAAUCCAACACACAGAAUAUUUCCACCGAAUCUGAUCGGUCUCAUGUUGGUUUUAUAGGCAUGAGCGGUAACAGAGAUGUAAUUAACUGCUCAAACCAGUCCAAUGCCGGUAUCUACAGUAGACGUACAUCGUCAUCAUCUAUAGACCCCAAGCAGAUGGACGACGAAUACGGUGAUCAGAAAACGGCCAAUAACAACAUAUCUACACAAUACGGGGAUCGUUCUAAGCCCAAGAAAAAGUCCGUUUCUUUCUGUGACCAGGUAAUCUUAGUGGCAACAGCGGAAGACCAAGAAGACGACAGCUACAUUCCCAAUCCGAUACUGGAGCGCGUACUGAAAUCCGCGAUGAAUAAGCCGGAACUCACAACGAUGCCUUUGCAGACUGAGAAACCGUCGCUGCAGCGCCAAGACUCGUUCGAUAGCCAGUCCUCGCGAUCUACGAUAUCCUCGCUAUCGCAAACGUCCUACGUGCCAAACGACACCACGCACGCCGACUAUUACAGAGUCCAAAACUAUCCAGCGUACCAAGUCGUUCAGGCAAGGCACCAGCAACAGUGUAACGCGCAAAAAACCGCCGGCCUACACGGGACCAGCUCACCGGUUCAAACGCAGAACCAAAGCGGGAACAGCAAUCAAAUAUAUCAGACGUUGCCAGUUAGCGCUCAGAACCCCGCAACAAACCCCGUACCGUACAACCAGCCGCCGUCAGCUUACCAGACCAACGCGAGCCCACCGAAUUUUAGUCAGAACCCCGCGAACAGACUGACGCCCACAGCGACGCCAUACAUGUCGAAGCACGUGCCCAACCUACAAAGGCCCGUUCCGAACACGUUUCCUCACCCACCGAGCCAGCUUCACCCGAUAAGCCAAACGCCCAAUAACGCUUACUACCAUAGACUGCCACAGCAAUCUACGACAACGCUUCCCAACAACUAUCCAACAAAUCGUCAAUUCAACCAGACCAUGCCGAGCAACAGCACAUCUUACCAAAGCAUCCCCACCAAUUCACCGGCCUAUCAGAGCUACCACAACCCACCGACAAGCUACGCUAGCUCCGAUUAUUCUAGUCGAUAUCCCCAAGUGAAUAGUACAAAUCACUACAGCGCCACGCAUUCGCCCUACCAACGAGUCCCACCACCACACGGCGACGUGCCUGUCGAAAGCUACAACAACAAUAAUUAUCAGAAAUCACCGAACUACUACCUUGACAACAACGCGAGCAACCAAAGCCGCGUGCCGGACACUAGGCACUACGCAAAUUCGCAACACCAGCAACGGUCCAAUUACAACCACAACCACGUUGUUGAUAACAGUACGCCCAACAAUGAGCAGAUCUCUCAGUAUCAAUACCAGAACAGCUAUAAUCCCUACCAACACUUACCACCGCCUAAGCAAAUACAAAAGAAAUCGGUAUCUUUCGAACCAGGAACUAAGGGCGGAACGGACUCUCCGAUACCACCGCAGAUGAACUCAAAUAACUUCUGCGGUGCAGACGCGCAGACAAACAUUUUGUCUUCUGCACAGAAAUCUGUUUGUGCACUUUUCUACUUGCCCGAGUUCAAAAAUUCCAAUAGUGUGAACGAUAGUGUGUAUAAUGUGUACAAACGUAUACAAAAAGCUGGUCCUGAGCUUCUUAUGCCACCGCCUGUAAUGCAUAAUGAGGUGGGAGAAUUCGCUGCUGUGGGAAUUGUUCGACACGGCGAAGAAGGUGAUGAUCCUCAUAUAGUUGAAGACAGGAAUCGUCUGCGUGCAAAGAUUGAGGAAGAUAUGGGUAUGAAGGUUUUAGAGAGACCUCAAUUCGAUGCGGCACCUUCAGCUUCAUCUUCUCGUGGCCCUAGUAAACCGCCAGUCGAUGCGAUAGAGGAACCUGCUAUGCAAAAUAAUGCUGGUAAUAAAGAUGUUUCACCAGCCGGUCAAAAAGUAGAUGGAACUGAGAAUAAAUAUGUUGCAAUAGCUUUAAAACCUGGGGCAGAUAUUGAGCAGAAAAAUAAGCUGGAGGCUGUAAAAGAGGUAAAUGGUUAUAGC